UCUUUCCUGUUGGAACUAUCCUGCUUUGUCGAAAUCAUAGGGUGUAUCAUUAGUAGUGCAACCAUGGCAAGUAGCGAUGAAGGCGUACAACUUAUUCGGGAUACGAUGGAAGGAGAGGAAGAGAGUGUACCGCAUGUGUUUGUCGUAAUGGGAGCCUCGGGUGACCUUGCUAAGAAGAAGAUUUAUCCAACUUUAUGGUGGUUGUUCAGAGAUGGUUUAUUGCCAAAAAACACCACAUUUGUUGGAUAUGCCAGAUCUAAGCUCACAGUAGAAGCUAUAAAGGAAAAGACAAUGCCUUAUUUAAAGGUGAAAGACAAUGAGAAAAGUAAACUGGACACGUUUUUCUCCCUCAAUUACUAUGUCCAAGGAUCUUAUAAUGGAAAAUCAGAUUUUGAAAAUUUGAAUACUUUGUUGAAUAAGAUUGAGAAGAAUCAGAAAUCCAAUAGACUGUUUUAUUUAGCAUUGCCACCGAGUGUCUUCAUGGAUGUUACAAGUAAUAUCAAAGCUUCAUGUAUGAGUAAAACUGGAUGGACACGUGUGAUUGUAGAAAAGCCAUUCGGGAAAGACGCUAAGAGUUCUGCUGAGUUAUCAAAUCAUUUGAGUUCACUCUUUAAAGAAGAUGAAUUGUACCGCAUAGACCACUAUCUUGGAAAAGAAAUGGUUCAGAACUUGAUGAUUCUCAGGUUUGGUAAUUUGAUAUUUGGACCAUCAUGGAAUCGGCACCAUAUUGCCAGUGUUAUUAUUUCUUUCAAGGAACCAUUUGGAACCCAGGGUAGAGGAGGAUACUUUGAUGAAUUUGGAAUCAUUAGAGACGUUAUGCAAAACCACCUUUUACAAAUUUUAUCACUGGUUGCUAUGGAGAAACCUGUUUCAACAAGUGCUGAAGACAUUAGAAAUGAAAAGGUGAAAGUGUUGAAAUGUAUGGCAGAAGUGAAGAAAGAGAACGUGGUAUUAGGUCAAUAUGUGGGUAAUCCUAAUGGUAAAACUGCUGAUUCUAAACUAGGAUAUCUGGAUGAUCCAACUGUACCUAAAGGAUCUACUACUCCUACUGCAGCUACUGCAGUUGCCUAUAUACAGAAUGAAAGAUGGGAUGGUGUUCCAUUCAUCUUGAAGUGUGGUAAAGCUUUAAAUGAACGUAAAGCUGAAGUACGCAUUCAGUUUGAAGAUGCACCUGGGGAUAUAUUUGAUGGCAUGAAUAAGAGAAAUGAAUUGGUGAUUCGUGUUCAGCCAGACGAGGCAGUUUACUGUAAAUUUAUGACCAAGAAACCUGGCAUGGCAUUCAAUCCAGUAGAAACAGAACUAGAUUUAACUUAUGGUUCAAGAUACAAGGAUGUUGUGUUACCUGAUGCGUAUGUUCGUUUAAUACUGGAUGUUUUCUGUGGAAGUCAGAUGCAUUUUGUCAGAACAGAUGAGUUGGCUGAAGCAUGGAGAAUAUUUACACCAUUAUUGCAUCAAAUAGAGAAGGAAAAGAUUAAACCCAUUCCAUACCAAUAUGGAAG